CCUCCAUCUUUUUUUAAAAAUACAAAAUGGCUAUUUGUAAAUUCUUUCAAUUAGGCACUUGCCGAAAAGGCAAUAGCUGUAAUUUCGAACAUGUAAAGCCUGCUGCUGCAACUGCUACCAGUAAAUACAAUGAAACCUCCAUCAAGACAAACUUGACAGAAGAACGUCCACAAUGGAAACUUAGUGUUUAUGGACCUGCUAAAGAGGAACCUAAUUUAAUUGUCGGUACUGAUAAAAGUUGCGAAGAGGAUCGUUUAUUAUAUUACACCAGUAUGCGUACCACAGGAAACGCAAACCAAUAUAUGGCUAGUCACGAACAAGCAUUCAACAUGAUGGAAACCCAAGUGAAUGCCAUUUUAAAUAACCCUACCGCUGCCAUUCAACAUUACGAAAAGGAAAAAUCGAGUCGUUCAGGACCUUUUGGUGGAAGUGCGAAUAAUACACCCUUUGCACCUUUUACAGGCGGUACAGCCGGAGGGGCAUUUGGAGGCGGUGGUGGAGGUGGAGGAGCGUUUGGACAACCUUCUGCGUUUGGACAACCCUCUGCAUUUGGACAACCUUCAGCGUUUGGAGCAGCAAAACCCGUAUCAGCCUUUGGCCAACCAUCAGCCUUUGGUCAACCUUCAGCGUUUGGACAGCCUUCUGCAUUUGGAUCCACAAGCGCUUUAGGUGCUGGCACUUCAGCUUUUGGAUCUACAAGCACAAUGGGAGGUUCAGCAUUUGGAUCUACAAGUACAAUGGGUAGUUCAGCAUUUGGAUCUACUAGUACUUUAGGCGGUGGUGGAUCUGCAUUUGGGUCUACCAGUACUUUGGGUGGUGGAUCUGCCUUUGGAUCGACAAGUGCAUUAGGAGGAGGAGCAUCAGCGUUUGGAAAACCCUCAGCGUUUGGAACUAGCACAAGUGCAGCGGCUCCAGCACCUGCGUUUGGUACAGCUACACCGAUGGGAUCUUCUGCUUUUGGGUCUACAAGUACAAUGGGUAAUGGGUCUGCUUUUGGUACACCUACUACUAAUACAUCAGCAUUUGGAGCAACAUCAAGCAUGGGUAAUACAACCGGAGCAUUUGGAACAAGUACUACCACACCAGGAGGAGCAUUUGGCACAAGUACAACACCAGCUUUUGGAACAAGUACUACUACAUCAGCAGGAGGAGCAUUUGGAGGUAAUACAACUGCAAAUGGAUUUGGUGCUACACAGAAUAAUGUGCCUGCUACCAUGAAUACAGGAGGAGGAGGAGAAGGAGGAGUUGAAGUGAAGGAGGGAUCACCCGAAUGGGCUGCUUUUGCGGCUAGCGAGUUUACAUAUCGUGCUAUACCAGAAGUUGAACCACCUAUUCAGCUUCGCUAACAUUUUUAAAUAAUAAUAAAAAAGUUUAUUUCUAAUUUUA